AAUCAUUAUUGCAUUUCCUGUUAAUAAAAAUGCGUAAAAUUAUAAUUCUCAAAGCAGACUAAACGGGAAUUGGCUAGUAUUUAGGCGCUAAGUGCACUAGGCUAUAUACCUUUUAUAAACCUUUUAUAAACAUAAUGUUUAUGUUUAUUCAUUUGUAAAAUUAGAAAUGGGAAGUCGAGAAAUAAUAACAUUGCAAAUAGGGCAUUAUUCAAACUUUGUUGGAACACAUUGGUGGAACAUCCAGGAGUCAUCAUUUAAUUAUGAUCCGACCAAAGCUUUAGAAGAUAAAGAAGUAAACCAUGACAUCUUGUGGAGAGAAGGACAGACUCUUAAAGGAGAAAUCACUUUUACACCAAGACUUAUUGCAUUUGAUCUGAAAGGAAGUUUAAAAACACUGAAACAAGAAGGAAUUCUAUAUGAUUUAAACUCACAGGAGGAAGUCAAGUGGGGAGGAGAUGUGAACCUUCAUCAGUCAGUUCCAGUUCCUAAGAACCAGUAUUUACAGGAUCUGGCAACCAAGGAGAACACAGUUUUAGUACCAGAAGAUACUGAUCAAGGGGAAGGCGAUGAUAUUCCUGAUGACAUUUCUGCUAAAGAAGAGGAGGUAUUUGGUAGAAAGCUGUAUGAUUUAGAUGAGUCAGUCAAUGUGUGGUCAGAUUUCAUGAAAGUUCAUAUCCAUCCAAAGUCAUUACACAUCAUCAAUGAAUAUACCAAAGAUAGUGAGAUAGACAAAUUUGACAUAUUUGGUUGUGGAAAGUCUGUACUAUCUAACUAUGAAACCAGAUCAGAGAUGGAGGAUCGUAUUCACUUCUUUACAGAAGAAUGUGAUAGCUUACAGGGUUUCCAAAUCCUAGUGGAUACCUUUGAUGGGUUUGGAGGUCUAGGAGCGGGUUUGUUGGAGUACUUGAGGGAUGAGUUUGAUACUAAGUCAUUGAUGACCUUUGGUUUGACCCCUGCUGAUUUACCAGAUAGUGCUCCCCACGAGAGAGCAAACAGGAUUUUAAAUUCAGCUAUAACCUACAAUAGCUGUAGCACAUAUAGUUCUUUAUUUACUCCUCUGUCUUUAGCAUCAACUUUGUGGAAGAAAAUUGGACCUCUUGUAACAUUUCCAUAUUUAGAUUACAAGUCUAUACCAUACCAUACAAGUAGUAUACUAGCUGCAUCAUUAGACACAAUGUCUUUACCCUACAGAAGUACUGGUCAUAUGGAUCUCAGAGAUCUCACUGAUAGUCUCAACUCAUUAGGUAAAAAGGUGGCAUCCUUAAAUGCUGCAUUACCUUUUCCUAUGAUUGGUAACGGUCAAGUAGUUCAAUCCAUUCUGUCAUUAGAGGACAAUUUACCCUGGUCAUCUCUCACACCACAUGUGACUAACCAGUCCAAUCCAUUUAUGCAGUCAGUUGUUUCAAGAGGUAUUACAGAUCUAAAGCUUAAGAGUCCUUUACCUUAUUCAAAAACUCCAAAUGAAUAUAGUUCCUGUUAUACAGUAGAUGAUGUCCUACAGAGGUAUCUAGAAACCAAAUUCCAAUCAACUUUCAGUGCCAGAAGUGUUUGUCGUUUACACCUUGAUGUGUUACCUCCCUUUCCAAACAUUUUCAGUAGAAAUAUAGACAGCAAUGGAUUUAUAUCUCCUGUUCUCAGACACCUCAAGCAAGGAGUAGACAGGAUACCAGUUAUGACAUCAUUACAGUCUAGUCCAGACAUUCACCAGUUAACACAGACUUUACAUGCGGAGGCAUCUAAACUUAACAUUAAAAAACAUUCAGCCUAUAUAGAGGCAGGACUUGAAGAAGAUAAUUAUCUAGAAAUCUUACAAGAGUUAUCUGAUCUUGAUUCAUGUUAUGUGAACAAAAUGGAAAGCUUGUGAUAUUUUUAAUUGCUUUUUUGCCAGCUUUUACUAUGAAAUUAUUUGUAGAAUAUGGACUGUUAGUUUUAUAAAAACUCAAAUGUAAAAGUGUUAUUCAUUUUAUUCAUCAUUUUGUAAUGCAAAUAGUUUUAAGACAAUCAUCAAUAAUCAUAUAAAAAUACAAAUUAGCAUAAAAAUAUUGAACAUACAAAACAAAACUAAAAUCAAAUGGUUAGAAAACUCUUUCUCUAAAAACAAAAACAAACAAAUUUAUGUGUAAAAAAGAUUUGUACACAUUAUAAGAACAUAUGAACAUGAUGAUGAUGAACAUAUACAAAUGGCAUAAUAUGAUAACAAUUUUAUCCAGACUGAUGUUGGCAUACAUGUUUAUAUUCUGCAGCCACAUCAACAAUUCAUUAUUUCAGAAUAAUGCAUUUUGGGUAAUAUUUAUUACAUUACACCAAAAAUGUGAUUUGUUAAUAACAUUUUAAACAAUGCUUAUCCAGCCUAUGAUACAAAUAAUCUCCAUUUUGAUGAACAAAAACAAGGAUAUUAGACACAAUCUUUAAGAUUCUGUAUUGGCAGUAGGUGUGUAAUUCAUACAUAUACAUUUCAUUGGCUGCAAGAUGAAUCACCUGAUUUUAUUGGAUGUUUCUAAUUUAUGUAUAAGCAAGAUAAGAAUAGAAUUAUGUAUUAGCAUCCAAAAAAAAUGAAACUUUUUUUAAACAUUGCUGUACUUGUAGCUACAGGUCAAGGUUUUAAAAAACUUGCCUUGUGUUAUAAAUGUACUGCUUUCAUAUUGAACAAACUAUUAUGUUGAUGUUUUGCUUAAAUCUUUACUUUUAGACAUUUGAUAACAAAUAUCUUGUAUUUUGAAGAUCUGUAAAUAAAGGAUUGAAACUUG